UGUCAUUCAAUUAAACAUAAAUAGUCUCUCUUCUUGGUCAGCUUUCAGAAUUAACAACAUUACUGUUAUAUCCUGCAAAUAACAAACACAAGAGCUACUGUAAACGAUCUCCCAUAAUUACAGGAAAAGUUUUUUUUUAACUACAAAACAAAAAUUACAAGACCAAGUCAGCUUGGAGUCGACCAACCAUUCAGGACUUGUGUCCGAAUUACCGAUCCGCCACUGGAUGCAAUGUUUCAAGCAGAGCAAGAAGAACUUAUUGGUGCUCCUUUGGCUGUCAAAUGAAAUGUCCUUUGUGAGGUAACUGUUUUGGACAAUGAGGAUGAGGCAUAGGAGGAGGGGGUCGAGAGAAAAUGAGCGGCGAGGGAUAACGAGAAAAGCCUGAAUGGAAGUUUACAGCGAUGCUGCUCUUGGCCAAUCACAGCGUGUGGCUAUCAUCUGGGCUUUGUGAUUGGAUGCUGGUCAGAGGCAAUGAGAGAAGUGGAGAGAGGAAGGAGGAGGAAGAGGAACCUCUUCAUCAUUCCCUUCUAUGCUUUCUGCGAUGGAAUGCCUUGCACACGGCACCAUCAUGACAACUGCUUUUUCGCAGCAGGAGGAGGGAGACUGAGCGGCCGACGUCGUGGAUUCUUCUUCCUGUCAUUCCUCUCCUUAUUCGCUUCUUCCUCCUCCUCCCCCUUUUCCUCCUCGCCAUCCUGACACCUCGUAAGACCUGGCCUGCCGCCAGGAUGGGCUGUCACCUCACUCGGACAAAGGCUCGACAAUCAACCAGCCACAGGUACUAUGAUGACCAGCAGCACUUCUUGGACCAGUAUGGACAGCAAAGUGGCAUGCAGGUGGAGGGCAAAAAGAAGCGAGGUAACCGGAGGAGACCGGUGGAGCACAGAACCCCCUCAGAGAGACACUGGGAAGCACUGAGAGACAUGGGACUUGUGGAAGUCGAGGAGGGGAAAGGCACAUAUACUGGUUACCUGUCCAGAGGGUCCACCUCCCAGCAUCACACUACCAACUACCUGCCAAAUGUUUCCUACAGCUUGGACCAUCUGGACCGCCUGGACUACCAGGUUCCAGCAAUGUCAUCAUAUCACCCCAAUUCAGAGAGUUGUCUUCUUGGCUGUUACAACUCUGGAGAAAUGAAUAAGAACUUCUCAAGACAGUCCAACUACUGCGCACCCUGGCGUCCUCUGGGCUACAUUCCCCUCAAUGAGCUGGACAGCAAACUGUGUUGCGGCCCAGACAGUCCACAUCACCAGGUGGUGCUCUCCGAAGCAGAGACUGACGCCAUGUCGUCACUCCCGGGCCACACCCCCUCCUCACACGGCUCCUCCUCUUCCUCAGAGUCUCUGGUUUCUUCAGAGCCCAGUGACUCAGGCUUCCACAGUGUUAGCACCGGCGAGCAUAGAUGUCUCCACAAGAUCCACAGACACUCCCAUCACCUACACUUGGGCCACUCUCCUCACGAACAGAGAGGCUGCUGGGAUCUGGAGUCCAUCCCCGAGACAAUGCCGUUGAGUCACACGAGGGUGCAGCCGUCGUCCUCCUGCACAGUGGCCAACAGGACAACCACCAUGGUGCACUUCCACCAAGCUGAGAGGAGUCCAACUUUGCCACGCAACCGCUCCCCACCUUCACCUUCAUCUGGUUGCCAUACAGAGCCAUGCCAGCGGAGGGCGCUGUGGCUGGAGAAGCGCCAAGCAGGUGGGGGCUGGACAAUUGAGGUGCCAGGACGCAGUCAGACUCUAAUGGAUUUGAGUGAGGCCCAACGACACCGCAGGGCAAGUCACCCAAUGAAUAUUGAAUCAAAGCAGGUACUGAAGCAGGCUCAGCGGAACCAACCACAUUCAACCAACAACAGCCUGGUACUGAGCAGCCAAGCCAGUUAUCAUGCUCCCCUCAUCACAAAUAGAACCAGCCAGACCAGUCACCCUAACACAACAAGAACUGGGCAGAGUGCAACAAGCAGCAGGAGGGAAGAUGACUCAAGGUGUCGUGAUUUGUUUUCUUGUAGUUCACCAGACUGGCGAGUGUUUCAGACUCUGGGAAAUCAAGCCAAAAUCCCCCAAACUUCUACUGGUCCAUAUUACAACACCUUUGGAGCACACCAGAAACCCCGAUCUCCACCUUCCCCACACUGUCGGCAGUCCAAUCAGAAAUCUGUCAGGAAUCAGCUGCUCCGGGCCAGAGCUUACAGGCUGGCGAAGGAACGCAGUGAGGUCACCACGGACGAGGAGGUGCGUGGGGAAUUGGAGCAACCGGGGGACCACCUUGGGAUUGGCGAGUCCUGGGCUGGCCGGUACUGCAACCGGGCUGAGAGGAGACGUCACCUUGUGCUGUCACGGCAACUCAGAGAGCGACGCAAUGGUGAAGAGGCUUUGGCUGGUGGAGGUCAGAGCUCGCUGUCAUCCCAGAUGGUUCUGGAGUUGAGCCACAGGAAACAGAACCGACUGAGGAACAGCAAGCUGCUUGAUGAUUGGACAACGGUAGAGGAACUACUCACCCACGGGACCCGAGUGGAAGUGGACACUCAGCUGUGUCCUAGCCCACUGCUAUCUGUUACUACUGUCUGAGGAAUUGGAGCCUUACAUCUGAUGAGGCUAGAUCGACACUUUGUUCCACUUUUUUCUCAUCAUCAAUAAAAGUCAGGUGUCAACGUUGACACAAA